GCACGGCGUUCCGCGUUUUCGCUGAUGCCGAAGACGGAUUCCUUCAGACGAGGCCAAUGCCCGACUAAACCAUCGCUACUUCUACUGGAAGCGAGCCACUGUGCACAGGAAGUGAAGCUAGGUUGUGAAUGACACCAGAGGAGCAGCAUAUUGGAUUUUGAUUCUUGUCCAUUGCUCCUGUGCUUGUUCUACACCACUUAUCACUGAAUUUUCUCCCCCCUCAUACCGGACGCCGGACACCAAACGCCGGUCUUCGGCUGGGUUUUCCUGCAGAAGUCAGAAUUCCGACUUCUCUCUGGGCGUCAAGUGGGAUUUUAAGAGGCAGGCGUCGAGACAAUGGGCUUGCUAGCACUCGGCACCGCCUUGGAAUGGGCCGAAGCGAAGAAGAAGGCAGCCCAGGUUCGCGAAUGGGGAAUCGAGCAACUCCUCGCGAACUGGCGCCGUGCAAAGGGAAAGGAACGAGAUGCUCUGCUGUGGGGCGACGAGGUCGAGUAUCUGGUCGUUGCGGUGGACAGCGAGGCGAAAAAGGCCCGGUUAUCCCUCGCCCAGGCGGAGAUUUUGAAAUCACUCGCCAGAGACGAGGCAUUGUGGAAGGCAGGAAAUGGUGGUCAAGACCAUAGUAUGGAACAUGAUGGAGAAGCGCUCCCUCAUUUCCAUCCGGAAUUCGGCCGGUUCAUGCUGGAGGCCACUCCCGGCCGGCCGUGGGGGAUUGACUUCAAGGACCUGCUGAAGGUGGAAUCGAAUAUGAAAUGGAGACGCGAGAUUGCAAAGGCUCACAUGGCACCAAACGAGUAUCCGAUUACUCUUACGACCUUUCCUCGUCUAGGGACUCGGGAUGACUUCAUUGUUCCCUACUACCCCCCGUCUGGAGCUGCAUUGCGGUCACAAUUCGUCCCGGACGAAAUCGCCAAUCCUCACAUUCGGUUUCCGACUUUGGCAGCCAAUAUUAGAUCCCGAAGGGGCCGGAAAGUCGAGAUCAAUGUCCCUAUCUUCAAAGACACAAACACACCUGUGCCAUUCAAGGAUCCCACCGUGGAUUACGAUCUGCACCUGUGGCCUGAAGAUGACGAUGUGAGAAACGGUGCAGCCAAGGCUGACCAUGUCUACAUGGACGCGAUGGCAUUCGGAAUGGGCAGCUGCUGUCUACAGAUCACCUUCCAAGCCAAGAACAUGACCGAGGGAAGAAAGCUGUACGAUCAACUAAGCCCUUUAGGUCCAAUCCUUCUGGCGUUGACUGCUGCUACUCCCAUCUACAAGGGGUUCCUUGUGGACACCGACGUUCGGUGGAAUCAGAUUGGCCUGUCCGUUGAUGACCGGACGCGCGAAGAAUUGGGAGAAGCUCCCCUGGAGAAUGACAGAUGGAGGAUUCCGAAAUCGAGAUACGCGUCCAAUUCAACCUAUAUCUCGCAAGACCCCAGGCUUCGGGAGGAAUAUCUGGACCCCAAUCUGGUGGUUGAUGAGAAGAUCAAGAAACGACUGAUGGACGAAGGCAUGGACGAGCUUCUUGCAACGCAUUUUGCUCAUCUUUUUAUCCGGGAUCCACUGGUCAUAUUCUCCGAAGACCUAGACGAGUUAGAUCUCAGCAAAGGCGACCAUUUCGAAAACCUGCAAUCGACCAACUGGCAGCACAUGCGGUUCAAGCCGCCGCCACCGGAGAAAGACGACAUUGGUUGGAGAGUGGAGUUCCGGUCGAUGGAGAUCCAGAUGACAGACUUUGAGAACGCAGCAUUCAGCAUCUUCAUUGUGCUGAUCACACGCGCCAUUUUGAGUUUCGAUCUGAACUUCUACAUCCCCAUCGCGCUGACGACGGAAAACAUGGAAACAGCACAUGCGCGCGAUUCAUUGUUGAAUCGCAAGUUCUACUUCCGCAAGGACCCAUUCACUCGGACAGCCCCGAAGCAAGCCCUGCGGUCGGUGAACGGCAACGGCAGUAAUUUCUCGUCGACCGCCUCGUCAGCCGUCAACACGCCCCCACCGUCACCGCCACUUGGGCCGGUGGAACUGGAAUACGACCUCAUGACCAUUGCUGACAUUGUCAACGGGUCGGCGGAUGGGUCGUUUCCAGGCUUGAUUCCGCUGGUGGAAUCGUACCUGAACAGCGUCAAAGUGGACGUGGAGACCCGGUGUGCUCUGGCGCGCUACCUGGACCUCAUCCGCAAGCGAGCCGACGGGACGCUCUGGACGGGGGCUCAUUGGAUCCGCGACUUUGUCGCAAAGCACCCUGCGUACCAGCAUGACAGUGUGGUCUCCUCCGAAAUCUGCUACGACCUGGUUCGCGCCGUGGAAGAAAUCACGGAAAAGGAAGGUCGGGGGGGCAGUUUUGGCUGGGAGCUUUUGACGGGGAAAAAUCUAUAGACAGCCCGUACAUGAAUAAUACCGAAAAUCGAAACAUUCCUAAUUAUCAUCUCAUUCCUACUAAAUAACUAGGUUAAUCUGCUACUUGUACUACUGGUACUACUGGUACCAACU